AGAGAGGGGAACUGUGUGAGGAGGACGGGAGAAAGGAAGAAAGAGAGAGAGAGAGAGAGAGAGAGAGAGAGGGACGGUUGUGGUGGUGGUAACUGGUGAGGGGGGUGUGAGCAGAGAGCACAGAUGCGAAUUGAAACACGACUUGUAUGGAGAUGAAUUGGUUAUAGAAGAAAUCGGUGGUGGAGUUGGUGGUUUGUAGCGCUGGUGGGUGAAGUAGGAAGGUUAAUGGGACAAGCGGCGUCGACCACCGGAUUCUCGUGGCCGGACCGGCGGGAUUCUGUCAACAGGCGGUCUACCAGAAAGCGCGACUUGGCGGCGGCUCCGAUGACCGCCACGGUGCCGGCCCUGGCCCUGCCCCCGGCCCCGUCUAUGGCAAAAGGGGGUGCAGAUCCCGGCCGCUCCGUUGAGGAAGGGCCGCGGGACUACACCUCCGAUCUGCCGGACGAGUGUCUUGCUUGCAUCUUCCACACGCUGCCGUCGGGAGACCGGAAGCGGUGUUCACUUGUCUGUCGGCGCUGGCUACGCGUCGAGGGCCAGAGCCGCCAUCGUCUCUCGCUUGAUGCCCGGUCGGAUCUUGCCCCUUUCGUUCCGGCCCUCUUCUCGCGUUUCGAUUCUGUCUCCAAACUCGCGCUCAAGUGCGACCGACGGGCCGUCAGCAUCGACGACGACGCGCUUGUCAUCGUAGCGGUCCACUGCCGGAAUCUUACUCGCCUGAAGCUCAGGGCUUGCCGAGAACUGACGGAUUCUGGUAUGGAGGCCUUUGCGAUGAAGUGCUCAACUCUGAAGAAGGUUUCCUGCGGGUCCUGCACCUUCGGCGCCAAGGGGAUCAAGGCACUCGUCGACCACUGCCCCGCCCUUGAGGAACUCUCCGUCAAGCGCCUCCGCGGGCUAACGGACAGCAACGGCGAGGCGAUUGGAGCUGGAUCAGCCGCUACUAACCUACGGAGCGUCUGCCUCAAAGAGCUCUACAACGGGCAGUGCUUCGUCCCCAUGAUUGCCGGGGCGAAGAAGCUGCAGACUCUGAAGCUAUUCAGGAAUUCCGGUGAUUGGGAUCUCCCUCUCAAAACGAUCGUCUCCGGGGCAAAGGGGUUGACAGAGAUCCACCUCGAACGGCUGCAGGUGAGCGACCGUGGGUUGGAGGCGGUGGCCGAAUUGGAGGAGCUCGAGGUUCUGCACCUGGUGAAGACACCGGAAUGCACGAAUGCUGGCCUUAUCGCGGUCUCUGAACAUUGCAAGCUCCUUCGGAAGCUCCACAUAGAUGGGUGGAAGACGAACCGGAUUGGGGACGAAGGAUUAAUUGCCAUUGCUCGGAAAUGCCAGAACUUGCAAGAGCUGGUCCUGAUAGGAGUGAAUCCCACGUCUUUGAGUUUGGGAAUACUGGGGAACAAUUGCUUGAAUCUGGAGAGAUUGGCCUUGUGUGGAAGUGACACUGUCGGAGAUCCGGAGCUCUGCUGCAUCGCAGCAAAGUGUGCAUCACUAAAGAAGCUGUGCAUCAAAGGGUGUCCUGUUACGGACCAAGGGCUCGGCGCGCUUGCAGGCGGAUGCCCCAACUUGGUGAAGGUGAAGGUGAAGAAAUGCAGAAUGAUUACAGCUGAAGGUGGGGAAUGGUUGAGGACAAGCAGGGGAACCGUUUCGGUCAAUCUGGAUGUAGGCGGGGGAGAAGAAAAUCUGGAUGCGAGCACAAGUGAUGGUGGAGCCGGGCCGGCGGAGAACGGGGAGCAACCAGUUCUCGCUGCUCCAGAGAUGACUCCUGGGAGCAGCCAGAGGGGAGGGGGCUCUAAAUCGAGGUUAGGGCUGUUCGCAGGCCGAAGCUUGAUCGCUUGCACGUUCAGAAGGUGGUCUGGUUCUUACGGAAAUCCCUCUGAUGGAACAAAAAGGAAUUAAAAGGGUCUGAUUUUAGUGAUGAAGAGGACAGGUACGCCUGUAAACCAUUUGUUUCCUGAUGUUUGAAAGUGUGGUGUUUGCUUGUUUUCCUUAAUUGGCAAGGAUGCUGUUCUUUGCCCAUUUUAGUAUAAACAAAUGUAAUCCUUUUCUCUCUUUACUGGAAUGAAUGAAUACAAUAGGCUUUCUCUUCU